AUGGAGUUAGAUAUCUUAAAUGAAAUAUUUAGUACAACAGUUGGUGAUUUUUUUAACCACUCCAACAAAUAUAAUAUCUUUUCUUCAAGUUCAACGAUGAGAAAUCAGUUUAAUCUUAAUAACAACGGUAAAAAUUAAAAUUUAAUUAGAUAAAGUUAGAAUGCUGGACAACCAAUGGCUGGUGAGUCUGCAGGAGCUAUAUAGUCCUAGCUAAAAGUUUUAUAAACUAAUUAACCUUCACAUAAUUUAAUAGCAUAACAACUAAAGUAAUUACAGCCAGUUAGUAAACAAAUUUCUUAGUAAACCAAUUUGCAAUCAAAUAAUAGCUUUGGUAAUGCAAACGGAAACUAAUUGAUCGCAACAGGAAUUGAAAAUAAAAAAUUAGUAUCAAUGUCUUUAAAUUCUUCAAUUUAGAGCUCUCUUCUAGACUAAAGUUCUAACUAGCUUAACAUUAGCAAAGAUAGUAUUCAGCGAGGAAGUGUAGGAGGAGUAAACUCUUCAUUAAAUACUUCUUUCAACAACAUCAAAAGCUCAAAUACUAACGAAUCAUUGAUUCAUUCAAGUCAAAAUGUAUUUAGAGAUAGUACAAACAGUCUUAGAACUAGCCAUGGCUAAUUUGUUAAUAACUUUGUUGGCGGUGGUGCAUAAUAACAAUAUCCAUAGUAAAAUAACUAACAUCUUUUUAAUGGUUAAAUUAAUAACAAUUUGUUAGGAUAAAAUUCAAAUAAUAAUAUUAAUUCUCAUUUGAAUUAGAAUUAAUAUCACUAAGGUAAUUUAGGAAGCUAAGGCCUUCAAUAUUAACAAUAGUAAAUAUUACAAUAAAAUAAUUUAAUGCAAAAUGCUUCUAAUAAUUCAAACCAUUAAUAAGCAGGCAUUAAUUCUAAAUAAAAUGGUAUUUUAAUUAAUAAUUUCACUAACUAAAAUAAAAAUCAAAUCGGUGAGAAUAGUCAACUUACUCCAGAAGAGGAAUGGAUAAGAAUUGAAGCUCCUAAGAAAUUAGAAGAGUCCAUGAAGAGAUUGGGAUUAGACAAUUAAAGAAUUACUCAAAGACUUAUCAAAGAAAUGAGCUACGAAUAGCUAUAAACAGAAAAAAAGAGAGUAAAAAAUGAAUUAAAGCUGUAUGACUAAGCAUUUGAAAACUAUUUCAAUGUUUAACCUACUCGUAAUUAAAAAGAGCCUAUGAGACCUCUGUAUGUAUAUUACAAAGGACUUAAGUAGGCUUUAUCUAAAGGCUAAAAUGAAAAUAAGACCUCAUCAAUCCACAUUUCAUAAUAAUAAAAUACAUCUAUCAAUUAAGGUUUAAAGUAACUUAAUAACUAGAAUGUAAUCUCUUCUUCAGUUCCUUCAUCAGCCCAAACGUCUAUCUAACUAGGAAUCAACAGUCAUUAAACAAGCCAUAACGAUUCCUUUGACAUCCAUAAUCCAAAUCAUAAGCAAAAUGUAAACAGCUUAAAUACUAGCCUCAAUGCCGGUAAUAAUGGUGUUAAUUCUAAGAUUCUUUAAGCUUCAAAUUAAUAGUAGAGAGUUGGCAUCAGUCAAAACAGAGACGUUCGUAAAAGCAACAAAGAUAUAAUUGACAAAAAUUCUUAUAAAGACAUAAUGAAUAUAGUAUAGGAGCAGAAAGAGAAUUUUAAUAACGGUCUCAUUCAGCAUCUUGGCUCUUAAUAAUCUCUCUAAUAGCUUAAUGGAAUCAACAAUCAAAUCAAUAAUAGUAAUAAUGCCACAAUAAAAGAAUAAUAAAAAUUGAUAGAACAAAAAAUUAAUUUGAUGAAGAGAAAGAGAGUUUAACUAAGAGAGCAACUUCAGGUUUAUUAAGACGAUUUUUAUCGCACCCACAACAGAAAGAUAAAAUACCACAGAGACAUUUUACCUGUUGAAAAUGAAUACAAGGAGUACAAAGAUAUCAAAAAAGAAAUAAUUAAGUUAGAAUAAAUGUUACAAUAGUAACCACUUGUUUGA